AUGCCAACGUAUCUUCUGCAUGGCUUCCGCUGGCCACGCAACCUGAUCCGAAUCCACAUCAUCCUGCAAAACCUCGACGAUGCCGCCGCCGAAUGGCUCAUGGCGCCGGCCACAGUAGCGUGCAUCAGGGAGAACUUCAAGCAAAAAUAUGCGAACGCGAUGCAAGGACUGCCGGACCUGCAGUUCAUCGAGCAAUUCGACGUCGAAACCGCCGACAAGGGAGACAACGUGCAGCCGUAUGCCUAUGUGGCCGAUGUAGUCGAAGAGAUCAAGCUCGGCGUCGAGGUCGGCGAAAUCAUGGGCCGCGGCGUGCCCAACGAGCAGUGGGCCUCAAUAACCGAGCUGCGCGACCAGAUCGCCCCAGGCGAGAAGGUCGGCUGGUUUGUCGUCGUGUGCCAGGAUACCGAACGCCUUCCACCCUCGGUUUCCGAGGACGAAGACGAAUAUUUCGAGGAAGAGUACGAGGACGAGUCCCUGACCGGCGGCAUAGAAGCAGACAUGCAGGACAUGGCCGUGACGAACGGAAAUGGCCACUCCAAGGAGGAACCACCCAGGGAGGACAGCCACCUGAAUGGUCAGAUUCCCGUCAAGGUGCACAGUCAGGAAAGCCCGAGUGUCGACAAGAGCGCGCAGAGCGCCAGCACAAGCACCGCGACAAAGGAAAAAGAAGAAAGCAUCGAGCAGCGCCCCACCACAAGCAGAAGUGUGAAAAAGUGGUUCAGCGGCUUCAGUCCCCUCAAAAAAGCGAAAAGCCUAAGAGACCUUCGCAGACUAGAGAACGAGAAGGCGAAAGAGAUGGCAAUGCCGCCACCUCUUCCAGGCACAGCCGCCUAA